AUGCCGCUGCACUUCUUCGACCGCGUGGACACGCUUCACCGUUGGGGGCUGACGUUCGACGACAACGACAAGUUGCAUCGCUGUCGCAUUGCGCUUCGUCUGGCGGCACUGAAGAUCCCUGAGGGAUGCACCUACGGCCUGGCACUCUUGGUGGACGCCUACAACACCAUGGAGCUAGAUUAUAUGAGCGCGUUUGCAAUCAAUGCGUACAACGAAGAUGACCCGACAAAGGUCGUCGCAGCAUUCAUCACCGACUUCCCCGAGCUGGUGGACGUGGAAAACAGAGUCGCGCACCGACGCCACGUGGGGCAGCUCUUGCUUUGCGACAAAGCAGCGUGGGGUCGCCACCUGUACCUGGGGCAUCGGAACAUGCACAAGCUGCUGAUUUCGGGCCGGUUUGAGACUCCCCGCUUGAUCUACUCGAGUGCUGCGGAGCUCAUGCGGCACAUGAACGCUGGUACAGGCAAGUCGAGCGAAUGGUUUUUGAAGGACCUGGAGCCUUUGAAUGGCUGGCUCUAG